GAUUAUCACGGACUACGAUGCAUUUCACUCAAAUUCAUGACGUCAUCUCCCUAAUGAAGUCUACGUUCCAUUUUUUCGGCGUCUGGCAUAGCGGAGACAAGGCUACAGUCAAGGAGAUGCGAAUUAAGUUAUUUUACUGCAUUUAUCACUCCCUUUUCCCGCUAUCAGUUUUUAUUGGAGCAAUAAACAGUGGAAAACCGGACAAUUCCAUUUUCUUAGCUGAUAUAUCAAUUGGAGCUGCCGUUUUGACAGUGAAAUUGUGGAUCUUAGUUUGGAAGCAGAACGAAAUUCUCAAUUUGUUGGAUGGAGUUUGCGUAUUUUCUAUUCGAAGUGAUGAUGACCACAACCGCUUCAACGAUAAACUUAAAGGAUUCAUGAAAUUUGUGUUUGUGUGCGCAAUUAUUGCAUGUGUUGCUGGUUCUUUAGGGUCUGUAAUUUUAUCGUUAAUUGGAAGUAAGAAAACAUUAUUUCUGGAGAUUGGAUAUCCUCUGGAUUAUGAAAACAGCGGACGUGCAUUUUGGACUGCAACGAUUUUUCUCGUCACAGAAGUUUUGUUGUCCCUUGUCGUUGUCAUUUUCACCAUGAUAAUUUGGUAUUUCCUUUUCAUUUGUUCUCUGCGAUAUGAGGUGCUAGGAAGUGAAUUGAAGGAUAUGGGACGCACUAGCAAAAAAGGAGAUGCGAAUAUGACGAAAAGGCAAGCGCAUAUCAGAUUUUUUGGUGACCUUCAGCGGUCAAUCGACGCUCAUCUCCACUUAAGGGAAUUGCCAAACGAUGUCGAGUCCUUUUUUGCAGACAUAUUUCUUAUUCAGUUUGGCGUUAGCGGCCUGUGUAUUUGUGGAUCAAUAUAUUGCCUAGCAUUUGAUAUCAGUGACAAUCUGCUUGAACGUCUCAUUUACAUUUUCGUGUUUUUUUACUACAUUGCCGAGCUAUUUAUGAUCACGUACUUUGGAAAUGAGAUUAUGCUGUCAAGCAAUCGUCUCUCGCACAACUUAUUUGAAUCCGAAUGGUAUGAUCAGCCGCAGUCAACCAAAAAGUGCAUCUUGAUUUUCGGUGAAUAUUUGAAGCAACCACAAGAGCUGGUGAUUGGUAAAUCGUACCCACUAACUUUGGAGACAUUUACAAGGAUUUUAAAUUCAGCCUACAGCAUGUUCAAUAUUUUGAAAAGUUUUCAGUGA